GCUAAUCUAAACCGGUACUAAUCGGAAUCAGAAUUAAUCGCGAUGAACUCCUCAACUGCCUAUAUUCUUAUUUCUAAAAGAAUGAUCUUUUCGGUCAUCGAGCUCCUUGUAAUGCUGCAUUGUACAAUGUCGCAACCGUUGUAUUCGAGUUCAAAGAAUGAUAUUCAGAUUAUGAAGGACCUGCGUGCCUUUCAAUCAAACAUGAAAGCACAGAACAGAAAGAUGGUUAGAGAGCAAAGUUCUAAACUUCUACAAAUAGAAAAAAAGAUGCAAAGUGACCUCGCAAAUCUGGAAAACAGAGUAAAGAAUAUAACAAAUGAACAAGAUAAGAAGAUUCUUCCAAUACUGGAGAGGAUGCAAUCUUAUUUCACGAGACUGGAAAAUAUAGUAAUGAAUGUAACUAAAGAGCAAAAUUCUAAACCUCUACAAACAGCAGAAAGGAUGCAAAGUAAACUCCCAACUCUGGAAAACAGAGUAACAAAGAACUACGAACGAUAGUAUUGUUUUCCCGCCUACCUCCAAGUUAAUUUUCAAAAGUUAAUAUGUUUGAAUGAUUUUCCAUAUUUUUAUAUUUUAUUUACACGAAUUUUCAUAAAACAUUACUUAUUUGGGAAAUCAAAGAGGGAUAACCCUAAAAUUUGGUAAAACUCGCGUUUUUCAUUAUAGAAAUGAACGGAAAACGGAAAAUAUUUUUAAAACAUCUCCCCCCGAGAAAAAAAUAUUUCUUUAUACAGGUAAUAUAUACACUAUCAUUUCACAAAUUUACACCAAAGCUUUUUGUGUUUCACGGGGUUGG